AUGCAGUCUUUGCUAUACCUCAGCGCCGCCGAAAAAAUGGCCAACCGCACCUUCGUCCUGGCGACCUACCGCCACCUGCUGCGUGCCACUCGCAUCGCAUUUCGAGACGACGAACCGACUCUGACGGCCUCUCGCCAUUACGCUCGCGACCAGUUCCGCAAAGAUGGCAGACUCGCCUCCGGAAGCACCGAAGCGGGACAAUGCGUCGAGCAUGCCCAGGACGUGACCAAGAUUCUGCGAGAGAAUGUAGUUCAGGGCAAGAAAAAGGGAGACAACACAUACAAAUUAAACAUGCACGAGGACACUCAGCGAUUAGACAAUCACACCGCCACGACGCUCAAAGGCACGACCAAGACGUUCAAAGACAUCAAGAAUGCUACAUUCUGA